GUGGAGGCGAGAGGAGGGCAAGCGCAGCAAGGGAAAGAGGUUUGCCGGAUUGUACGUCUCUGUUUUCAGCCUAGGGAGUGUCAGCUCCGUGCUGAUGCUGAGUCACAGUCGGGCGGAUCGACGGCCUUGUCCCAUGAGCCCUCUGCAGGACACAUGGAGGAAAUCGAACACACCUGUCCCCUGCCUCGAACGAAGUUAAGGGAGCCUGCCAUUUUUGCCAGGGAGACGAGCUGUGAGUGCCGUGCCCCUCAUGAGAAACUGACCAGUGCCCAGGCCCGCUGUGGAACACCAGUGGACCGGCCAGUACGAGUCUACGCUGAUGGCAUUUUCGAUCUCUUCCACGCGGGUCAUGCUCGCGCUCUGAUGCAAGCGAAGAACUUGUUCCCCAACACUUACCUGAUAGUGGGAGUGUGCAGUGAUGAGCUCACUCACCGUUAUAAGGGCUUCACUGUGAUGACGGAGGAUGAGCGGUACGAGGCCCUGCGCCACUGUCGAUAUGUGGACGAGGUGGUAAGGGACGCGCCGUGGACACUCAGCCCAAAGUUCCUGGAGAAACACAAGAUUGACUUUGUGGCACAUGAUGACAUCCCAUACUCUUCUGCUGGGUCUGAAGAUGUCUACAAACACAUCAAGGAAGCAGGCAUGUUUGUACCCACUCAGAGGACAGAGGGCAUUUCAACAUCGGACAUCAUCACUCGUAUUGUGCGGGACUAUGACGUAUACGCCAGACGCAACCUGCAGAGGGGCUACACUGCCAAGGAGUUGAACGUCAGCUACAUCAAUGAGAAGAAAUAUAGACUGCAGAACCAGGUGGACAGAAUGAAGGAGAGAGUGAAGACUGUGGAAGAGAAGUCCAAGCACUUUGUAUACAAAGUAGAGGAGAAGAGCCAUGACCUCAUCCUGAAGUGGGAGGAGAAGUCUCGGGAAUUCAUUGGGAACUUCUUGGAGCUGUUUGGGCCAGAUGGAACCUGGAAGCAGAUGUUUCAAGAGCGUAGUGGCCGGAUGCUGCAGGCCAUGUCACCCCCUGGGUCACCUAGCAGCAGCCCCCCCAGGGAGCGCUCCUCGUCACGUUCUCCCUCGCCUCCCCGUCCCUGGCUUUUCUGCGGGCCCUCACCCCCCUCUCCAGCCUCACCCACAUCCCCCCCGAAAGGAGCCUCUGCCUCCUUCAGCAGCAUGAGCGAGGGGGAUGAGGACGAGAAGUAGAGAAACACCCAAACACACACACACACACACAUGCAAACUCACAUAGACACCCAAACACACACACAUGCACACUCACGUAGACAUCCAAACACACACACAUGCACACUCACGUAGACACCCAAACACACACACAUGCACACUCACGUAGACAUCCAAACACACACACAUGCACACUCACGUAGACACCCAAACACACACACAUGCACACUAACAUAGACACCCAAACACACACACAUGCACACUCACGUAGACAUCCAAACACACACACAUGCACACUCACGUAGACACCCAAACACACACACAUGCACACUCACAUAGACACCCUAACACACACACAUGCACACUCACGUAGACACCCAAACACACACACAUGCACACUCACGUAGACACCCAAACACACACACAUGCACACUCAUGUAGACACCCAAACACCCACACAUGCACACUCAGAUAGACACCCAAACAUACACACAUGCACACUCACGUAGACACCCAAACACACACACAUGCACACUCACGUAGACACCCAAACACACACACAUGCACACUCACGUGGACACCGAAACAAACACACAUGCACACUCAUGUGGACACCCAAACACACACACAUGCACACUCACGUAGACACCCAAACAAACACACACGCACUUGCCCACUCACGUAGACACGCGCAUAUAGUCCCUACCAGGUUUUUCCCUCUGUCUCACACACGCACACACACACACACACACACACACUCACUCACACACACUCACUCACACACACUCACUCACACACACACACACACACACACACACACACACACACGCACACGUCUUGACUUCAUACACACACGUCCUCCUCCACACUCACUUACACACUAGAAGUGACUGGAGGCAGUUCAUGUCAGAGAACUUUUGCAUUUACCAGGUGACCAGACCACAUAGAGGAAAGCAAAAUUAGAGAGAAAAUGAGAGUUAUAGAGAAAUUGAUCAUGUCUUUAGUGGCACCCUACUCUUUUACAUUUCCCUUAUUUCUGGUGUUUUUUUCUUUGACACUGGCUUUUAGAGAGAAAAGGUUAUGUUCAUAAAGGGUGUGCAGCUGAAAGUAGACUGUAGUCCUACAUCCCCACUCCUUAGUCUGCAAUCACUGUCAGCCAGUUUCAGGCUGAUUGUGAAAUACUAAAUCUGAACUUUGGGGCACGUGCAUCAGUUUGGUCCUUCACUGUGCAUUGUCUCACUUGUUCCUGGUAGUCUCAUUUUUGUUUUACUUCUCCCUCCAGGAUAAUUGUUUCAGAUGUGCUUAAACUGUAGAAGUACUGUAGGAUUUCUGUGGUCUUGCCGCUUGGGUGGCAGUGCGGUGUCAUUACAGUCAAAGGCCCACUCAGUAAUUUCCACAGAAUAUUCAGUUGAUUUUUGACAAGAAAUUAUGUGGAUGGCAACUCACAGUAUUUCAAGUCUUGGCGUCUUGGUAACCUGGGCAAUACCUUUGCUUAUCCCACUGAACUCUGUGAUGCUGAGCCAUUGUUACUGUUGCAGUACGCAUAAGGCUAUGCCAAGUCUAUCUGUGGUAGGCAUGGUUUACCUGGCAAAACUUUAUUGAACUAUUCUUUUGAUAUAUUGAUAUCUUGCCUGACAAGUGAGUGAUGAGUUUCCCUGGUGAUCGGCUGAGCAUGGACACCUUUACAUAAAACAAAUACAAAUAAUGAAAUGCAGAAGGAAAUAGUGCCAGUCCAACACUUAUUUUAAAUAAAUACAAAUUAAGUAAUUCUUAUGAUGAUCUUUUUUGUUAUUUUAUUAGGAGAAUAAUUCUAUGCUAUUGUACCAUAACUUCGUGUUUUUGCUCAUUGUAAGCCUUUUGCAUUAUAUUAUUGCAUUAUAAAAUUACUGAGUGGGCCUUUAAGGACCUUGGUUGUCAUGGAGGAGUGCAGGUACAUUCCUGGGGCAAGGCACAGCCAGUAUACACUUUAGGUGCUAAACUGCUCCUGUAAAUAUCCUGUGGGUAAGGUGGAUUAUAUUGUGAAUUUUAUGAGCACCAAUCUGCUGAGUGAAGCUGUAUUGUGGUUGAUCUGGCACCUUUAUAUACCUUUAGUGUAACCCAGUAAAGACAAUCCUGUUUGUAUGGUGGGGGGCAAAAGGAUAGCUGCUGCCAGUGGGGGUUAGAUUUAUCUUCUGUAAUGUGUCUGUAGUCACUCACAACCAUAUAAUAUUAUUAUAUUACACCAGAACCUUACGAAAGCUUGAAUGCAUGGUGUCUCCUUCCGUUUAUUGCGGUACUUCUGUUCUGCACACCAUCCUUAUGUUCGCUUGCACACAUACGACACACCUACACAUUGAUAAAGGACUCAUUAAAGUGAAACCCUUCUCUUUGCAUUCUACUUGCAUUGUGUUUGUCUUGUUGAGUUUAAGUAUAAGGCAAAGCCUCUCUCUGCUGAUAGAGUGAAAAAGUGAGAGAAGUACAUUUUUGGUCUUGUCAUCUUCCAUGUUUUGGAAGAAAAAAUGUGUAUGCUUCACAGAUGUCAGAGGGGAUGUGAUAUUCCAUGACACUUUUAAAACUAACAAUAAUAAUAAAAGUAAAUACAAUAAUAGUAAAUACAAGAAUAAAGAACAGAACAGAAUAGGUUAAAAAGGCCUCAGAGAUUUAUGCAGGAUACAAAUCUGAAGCUUUUAGCUCGAGAGGACUGAGCUGACUGAUUGUCAUGACUCUUGAAGUUUAGCUUUGUAGAUCUAUAAUAGGGACGUAUGCAAAGACAUGGCCAGCACGACAUUCACACCUCAGCAUUGAACCAAUUCAGAGUCACUGAUCUCAGUGUAGAUAUUUUGUAUUCUAGGGACACCAAUCAGGUGGAAACUUCAUCCUGUUCCCUCUAGCCACCACGAAGGGAUCAGAUAAUUUACGAUCCCCUUUUUUUGUUUCAGUGUUUUUUUAGUUCUUUUUGUUUUUGUCUGUCUGUUUUUACUGAGAACACUGCAUGAAACUUGGUGAAUUGUUGCCCGAGGGACAUGGAACAUUGUCACGACUCUUUGUGGUGGCACAGGUGUACACUCUCCCAAAUGACUCCAGAUUUUGUUGAAUUUAUUCACCCCAUACUCUUACUCAUGUUUUCAUUUAAAUCAUACACCACAUUAAGUUAUUCAUGUGCAUCCAUACAGUUACUAACUCACAUUCAACAGGUCACAUCCAACACAACACAUCCAGUCCUUAAUGUCCCAGUCCCAAAAGGAACAAAACAUGCUCUUGCUAAAGCUCUGGAGGUGUACUAGAUGUUGUAGUGGACACAUCGCGUUUACUCCCAUCACUGAAUUCAUUCACAGCACUCUAUAUUUCUAAAAGCCACUGCCCUAAAAUGUUUAUCGAGCAUAUACUCAAAUACAACCACAUGCUAGCAUAUAGUGCUUCAAGUUUGAAAAAAAAAAGGUCACUUAAUAGUAACUUAUGACUGAACAGAUUGACUGGCUGACAUAGCACAGGUUUGAGCUUUGGUGGCUUGCAAGUGACCGUCCAGGUCUCGGAUUCAACACCCCCUCUCCUGUCCAGUUUCUGAGAGCACGUCCCUUUGCACCCAGGCCCUCCCUAGAAACUCAAUGUCUUAAAUGUUAUUAGAAAAAUGUUAUUCUUUGUUUCUUUUUAGGUUUAUUGUCUUCUUUUAUACGUAAAAAUUCAAAAUGUAAAUAAAGUGUACAAAAAAGGAAAAAGUGGAAUUGAUUGACUUUCUGUUAAUUGCAGAGACCACUGUAACAGGUCUGGCAUUUUCAUUUUCUCCUGCACCAACAGGAAAGAGGAGGUGAAUAGGUCUACCUGUUAGAGAGGUAGCUUUCAUGAGGAAAUUAGGUGCUUUUACUUUCAUGAACUUGUUUACAGUGUUGAUCCUGGUGAGCCACAGUGUUUUCUGGCUUUUGUUUUCACCUUAAAAUGAGCAACAAAUUACAGUGUAGUGCAAAAAUGUGGGCACCCGUGGUUUAAGUGUUUGUUACAAUGAAUCUGUAUGUGCUUAAAAGCAAACCUGAAGCGUAAUUGGUACAGUUACUAAUUAAAACAUGAGUUAAACAUGAGACCUUUCUGCGAAUUUUAAAACAAGAUUGCUUUUUAUUUCCAUUUUUUACUGUUACAGUUAAAUUAUAAAUAAAGGAAAAGGGCCCUGUACAAAAGUUUGGGAACCCUUUUGAAUUA